AUGACCGAAGGCCCACAUCAUUCUCAGGAACUAUCUCUUGACGAGGAAAAUGUCCCCAAUGAGACUUUGGAGCCAUCCUUGACAUUCUUGAAUACAACUUUUGGCACGAAUGCCUUUUUACAGGAAAUUCCAGAUAUUAACUGCCAAUGGCAAACAAUGGGCUUCCACGGUGUCAACCCAUUGUGUUCUGUCUAUCCUUCACCGAAUGUCUUAGAACCGUACAAUGACCUUUGGCCAUUUGAUACAGCAAAUACUAAUUUAUCGAACCCUUACUUUCCGGAGACAGCGGCAAUAAAUACAUCUUUUGACAACUGCGAUAAUUUCGAAGAUUCUCUUUCACAUUUCGAGUCUGACGGUUGGCUUACAUCAUUCUUGCAAUCUCCUGAGCCAAUAACUUACUCCCCGUUGCAAGUUGGAACCUUCACAGAACGGCAAUCGCCAUGCGAACCCGCUCAACCUAGUGUCGAGGCACUUCCUAAGAAUGAAGGCCCGAGGACUUAUACACCCGAAAUAGACUCGUCUAGCAAUCACUUCAAAGAGGAUGUGCCUACUUUGGCUCCAUCAAAAUUGCAGACAGACCUGUCCAGUCCUCCGGACCAACUAACUCCUCAUGCGAGUGAGCCGGUCGUGGUAACUCCUCGAAAUAUGGAAGACUGUUUAAUCGAUUUUCACAGUGGGGUUAAGGCACCUAAGAGAAAAAGAAAAGAGUUCAAUCGACGUGAAAAGUUGAAGGUUCAUCUAGUUCGACAAGUUGGGGCAUGCCAAAGCUGCCGAGCACGCAAGGUCGAGUGUACAUCUGAUGGCGUUUGUGAUCGAUGUUUUAAGUUAGCUGGUGACCCGGUUAUGGCAAAACAAAUAUGUAUCCGGCACAAAUUGAAGGAUGUUUAUCUGGGAGUCACAGACGUCCAAACUAGGUUGCUCACGUCCGGGAAAGAACAAGUGUAUCAACUCCUUGGGGCGUUGGAAGGUCAUGUUGCAAAAGUCGAACUUCGAGCAGACUGUUCAAUGGCAAGCUUUCCAUGUCGCUCGCUUCCCUGCAAGGCAUGUCUGUGUAAUGCUGCCUUCAGAAUCACAAGCUUAAAUAGUCUUGCUUUCUAUGGAGUCGCCAAUAUUCAUUGCCAUCCUCAUGGCCAGCUUGAUGUUGUAAACACAAUUAAUGACACUUUCUCACCAGACACUGUUCGCGAACAAGUCCGCCUUAAAGCUUCCGAGGGUCUAGAAGAGUCCGAGAAGUAUUUCUUUUCCGAGAUCGAAAAUCUCUGCAAGAAGUCCGCAAGCAAUAAACAAACUCGCAUCAUUGCCGGAAUAUGUUUAUUGAGGUUAAUGCUCUUCUAUCGAGAACGAGUCGUGCGGAUUGAGCUAAGAUCCAAUCUCCCGAGAUGCAAAACUGAUGAGGAUCUUAAAAAUUGCAUUCACCCAGGCAAGACAGAUCCUCAAAAACGACUUGGACAAUGUGGUUUCAUGUAUAAACAACUAGCUGUAGCAUUCAGCACUCUUUGUCGUGGUGAUAACACACCCUUGACGAUUGAUUGGGAGGCUGAAGCUGCGGGUAGAGUAGCUCCGGAUGUUCCUAUGCUUUCAAAUGCAUUUUUGGAACUCAAAUCUGCGUAUGCAGAAUUUUCUUCGAUUCUGCCGCCUGGCGACAAAUGGUGCCCUGGACUUGCGAUGUCCCUCGGCUAUGCGAUCACGUUAUAUUCACCGGUCAUGAAGCUCCCAAUGUGCAUAGCACCUGACCUAUAUGAAGUGCCAGAAGAGCGCCUCAUGGUAUUAGGGAAGAAAGAAGACAGAGAGGUUGUAAAAUUGAUUACUGAGAGUAGUAUUCAAAUCUGCAAAUGGAAGAUGGAGAAAUUAAAAGGGGAAAGGCUAAAGGAUGAGAAAUAA